AUGAAAUAUAGUUUAAACAUCCAUAUUUUUACAACAUGGAUAUGCUUGUUUUUUUUUUAUAUAUUUCCUUCUAUUUUUUGUUAUGACGUAAAAAAUGAAACAAAUAAUUCCAAGAAUGAAAUAUUUAGCAAAUAUAUAGGAAAAGGAUAUGAUAUUUUGUUUGGAUAUCCAUUACCAAAUAACGAACUUAUAGAAGAUCCUGGAUUUAGAGAAGUAAUAUUUGAUACAAGGAACACUAUAAAUGUGAUACAAAAUGUUGCUUGCAAAAAAGAUGAAUAUUUAAAAGUUAUAAAAGGCAUUAAUGAUGUAAUGGAUCUAGCAAUGGAAAACAUAAAUAUUGAUGAUCUGGAUGCAAAUAUAAGACCCUUUUCAGCAUCUAUGCCAUAUUCAAAUUAUUUUAUAGAUUUAGAGAUAAAGAAAAAAAAAUAUGCAGUAGUACAAAAUACAUGUUUACACAGUUAUGCCACACUUAAUUUAGGAGAAUCUACAAAAACUAUGAAUAAAGAUUUUUUAUUAGAUACAGAAAAAUUACCUGUUUUAUCAAAAAAAAAAGAAAAUAAAUGCUCAAAAAUAUUAUAUCUUUAUGAUUCUUCCAAUGAACAUUGUUUAAAUACCAUAAAACCAUGGAUUGAAUUUUUUCAAAAAUAUGGAACGCAUUUAUUAAUAUCAGCUCAUUUUGGAGGAAAAUCAUUUAAUUCACUAGAAAUUACAAUGGAAAAAUCAGAAGAAAUAAAUAUAUAUAAAUAUAAAUAUUAUAUUGGAAAUGUUACAUAUUUAAAUAUAUUUAAAGCACCAUUAGUAUUGCAAGAUAUCCUUAAGAUGAAAAUAAGUAGAAAACAUGAUUUAAUAAAAAAAAAAAUUCAAAAUACGAAAGAAAUGAAUUUAGAUAUUAGGGGAGGCAACUUUUUUGAUGAAAAAUGGAAUGAACUAACAUAUGAAAUUUGGAAAAAUUCCAUUUACUCCAAUUAUGUUCCUGUUUAUCUUGAUUUAGUUUCAUUAAGUUCCUUUAUACGUAAAAAUAAGAAGGAAUCUUAUAACAUUGCAUUAUUAUAUUAUAGUAACCUAUAUGGAACAGAUAAAGAAAAUUUGUAUCUCUCUCAAAAUAUAACAGAUGUUUUUUCAGAAGGAAAACAAAUUACAGGAUCAGGUAAAGGAUCUUUAAUUUUAAGCUGUCCCAUUGGCUAUAUUAAAAGUACUGGGUUUAUUUUUUCUUAUGACACUUCUGAAAAGCUAAAGAAUCUUAAAAAUGAAGAACCAAGACUAAAAAUUCAUCCAUGUCAUAAUAAAGGAGAAUAUGAUAUUUCAUGCUCAUAUACAACUAAAAAUGAUAAUAUUAUCAGUUUUGGUUGGAUGUAUUGUGUAAAACAUAAUUUUAUAAAAUUUGAAACUAUUUACAAAGAGAGUGUAAGUUCAAAAGAAAAUUCAUUAGAUAUAAAAUGCUCUGAAGGAAACACCUUAGCAUUUGGAUUUAAAAUGAAACUAAAAAAGAAAGAAAAUUUAGAAAAAAUAAAGGUUAAACCAUGUAACGUUGGUGAUAGUAAAUGUUCUAUAGAUAAAACUAAAAAUAAUUCGGAUUAUUUAUUGUGGGGAUUCUGUGUACCAUUGUCUUUUCGUACUAUUACAUCCUUACAAGUAACAUAUAUUUCUGAAAAAAAUGUAACUACCGAUGUAAGUGGAAGUUGCUCCGAUAUCUAUAUAAAUAAAUAUGACAAUAUUUUUUUAGGUUUUACUUUUUCUUUUGAUAAGGAUCUAGAAAAAGUAAAAGCAUCUUCAUGUAGCCCUAACUCGAAAUUUUGCAUUAGUAAAAUAAAUAAUAAAAAUGAAAAAUAUUAUGUUGGAAUGUUUCUAUUAUGCAGAUAUGAUGGAAAUCAAAAAAGAAAAUUUAAAUAUCAAUGA